AUGUUUUGGGAGUUUUCUAUGGCUUUUCUUCUGAUUGUGUUGCAAUCUCCUCCCCGAUGGGGAGCCACAAGGUGGGGUGAUCUUGGCAUAACCGCCCUCUUCGCCGAAGCGACGAGUUGCCAGUUAGAUUACGAGUAUCUUGCCAAAUUGACGGUGACGGCGGGGUUUUACGAAAAGGUCGAGAGGAUAAUGGAUGUAUUUUAUGUACUUAACGCGACGGAUGGCUUGUCCGCCAAUAGGUGGUUCGAUAAUGGAACUCCACUGGGUGCCCAUUCGACUGUGGGCGCGACCACAGAUAGCGGGUAUCUUUUGAGGCAAUACCUUUUAAUGGGGGACCAACGCGCCCAAACCCAAUGGGAUCGUCGACAGCCUCCAGUUCGUCCCACCCAAACGAUUUUGUUCUACGCGACCGAUAUGUUGCAUGGCAGUGGCUACGCAUCGCACAAAUUUGAGCAUCUAUCCUGUUUCCUCUCUGGGCUGUUCGUGCUCGGUGCGCCGUCUCAUUCCGCCUCUGUCACUCAUCCCACGUCGCCCAAGCGCCCGAGCUCCUUCAUCCACCCAUUCAAGGAGUGUCCACCCCCCUGA